AUGGGUCUAGAGGACUGGACCAUGAUUGUGGCCACUUUACUCACUUUGGUACACCUUUCUGAAGCCUUAGUUGGCGCGCUACAGUUCAACAUGGGCUUCAGGGCGUUGACCAUGUCUCUGAAACAGGUGGGCGGCAACAUCAGGCUCAUUGUUGCCAUGCUCGUUGGUUACUCAGCGAUUGUAACCUUGAUCAAGAUCUCCAUACUUUUGGUCUACCGCAGACUAGCCUACAACAAACGAUUUGAAGAUUUUUGCAAGAGAACCAUCAUUGUUCUUGCCACAUACCAAGUCGUUUUCACGAUUGUAGCGGCUGCCCAAUGUGUACCGUUGCACAAGCUUUGGGACUUCACCGACAGUGUCCCAGGCUUCUGCAUCAACAUCAAUGCUUUCUAUCAUGCGUCGUCUUCUUUCCACAUACUCAUCGACAUAUGGAUCCUCACUCUGCCCAUCCAACUCAUCCGGCGCAUACCCCGCAAACCACGCGAAAAGCUCGCAUUAUACAUUAAUCUCGGACUGGGAGUUGUGAGCAUGAUAGCCUCCAUCAUCAGGUUCCGAUUUCUCUAUAUCUUCACCACUUCCGACGACCCCAUUUACGGAUUCGUCCCUGUCAACACAUGGUCCAUGGUCGAAGUCAACGUCGGCAUCUUGUGUGCAACCCUGCCAAUACUGAGGCCCCUU